AUGGGCGUCCUCAUCCUUCCAAUGCCACCUAUGACUAUAGAAGAAGUAAUUCCGCGGACAAAGAAAUGGUGGCCACCUUGGGAUUCAAGGAAGCAAUUGAGCAACAUUUAUUGUGAAACCAGUGGAGUAGCUCAAACUUGUGAUAGACUUGGGAAGAUUCUAGCUGAUGCAGGUGGAGUGCUUACAUCUAAACUGCAGGAAGACAUUAUUCGAUAUUGUCGUGGGUUAAAUCUUGUGUGGAUUGGCAAAUUCAAACUGGGUCCUGUAGAGCCUGAACAGUUGGAACUCAUUUUAGGCUACCCUAUUAAUCACACUCGUCUGCUUGGGGACAAUUUGGCCGAAAGGCUUAGAUCACUGAAAUACUGCUUCCAGCACGGACACAUUGGGGUAUCACCUUUCCGUGUUAAAGCCCAUCUUCCCUCGUGGAUUGACAAUUCUGUUGUCUCGGUUGAGACUUCGCGCCAAAUAGAAAGAUUCUUGAGAGGUGGUGGCGUCAAUCUGGGCAAGCUGGGACUUUGGUUCGGAUUGAAGACGUUCAAAAACUGA